AAUACUCACCCUCACGAUAAGUGAAUCAAACUGACAACAAAGCGUUACUAUGGAUACUUUCCUCUAUUUAUGCAUGACAGAGCUGUCUAGAGCUUCCCGUAUCACCAAAUACAUUGUACAGCGUGUAUGUGUUAAAUAUGAUAUGGUUUAAUUGUGAUUCAGAAAAAAUUAAACGUUUUUACAUGAUCUGUGAGGCUGUAAAAUGAGUCGUCCUCGCGAAAGGCUCUCCCGACGAUGGAGUACCCUUGAUACGACUUCUAAGAGAAAGGAUUCAACCAGUAGUGGUGAAUCUUCGUCGCCUACCAAUGAUAUCGAGUAUUCACCACCUGUGAAAAGUACCAGCACACCUUUAAGAAACAGGUGGUCGGAUUUAGAAGAAAUCAACAGGUCUCCGCAAACGCGACAUGCCCGAGGAAAGGUUGAAGAUAUAGAAACGACGUCCUCGGAUGAAACGAGAUUGCAAAGACACAAAGUAGCUCGAGGAAAGCAUCAGGAUAACCGCGAAAGAGCGAAGAAAGGAAGAUACGAUCGUCGUGGGAAACGAAAACACGACAGACAGUCUGAGGAGUUGGAAAAUGAAAAGCAGAAGGAAACUGCUACCUCGGAAUCGUCUGAGAAGGAUAAUGGCGAAGGGGAUGCAGAAUGUUCCAAACGAAAGAGACGAGGAUUUCGAGAAGAUAACGAAUUACCAAUUACGGAGAUCCUGAGGCGAUCCCAAGAAAACGCUCGGACGAAAUACGAGCAACAACCACCGUUUCCGGUACUGACAACGGAUAAGAUUUACGUGCAAUAUAGAGAUGGUUUCAGUGCUAUGAAAAUCAAUCAGUCAAAAGAAUCUCGAGAUAGAGACAAAGAAGGCACAGUAAGAGACAUAGAUAUCCCUGAGAAUCAAAGUUCUCCACCUAUAAGAAUAGCUGUUCUGAUUCAAAAGUUUUGGAAGAAGACCGGGCUUGUGUAUCAAGGUCUCCUAGGUGGUAUGGCUCUCAUGCAUUUUAUAAUGUUGCAUAUAUUUUUUGAUACUUCCAUGGAAUUCGUUGCUGAGUACUCGAUGAUCAGCGAGAUUUAUUCUAGUAUCUUUUCUCUCCUUGUCACUUUGAGCAUCGUGUCCAGUUUCGAUAAAUUCGACCUGGCUCGAUUCGACGUGGAACAUCUGCGUGAAAUCUAUCUCGAUUACAACAAAGCUGUUAUCGCUGUGCCUUUAUAUUUAAUUACCUUCUGUCUUCAUCAAGUCUCCUUGAAGAUCGACAAUCAACUGAGCUUGGCACGCUAUCGCAAUUCAAACGACAGCCUCUUGGAAAACGUGAGCAGAAAUAAAGUAUUUCCACGUAAAAUAUCAUCCUCCAACGUUGAGCAAUUUCAUUUUAGGUCACCGACGUUCAGACCGUUCUGGACGAUUUACACAGUUGGCAGAAGAUAUCUAUGUCGAAAGAUUUGUUUGCGGUAUUCUCAUGGUUGUUCGUUUCUCUUGGUACCAAAGACGACGCGUUUCUUAUUUACUUACUAUCCAUGGAAAAGUAUGCGAACGACGUCGAGUCAUCCAGCCAAUAAAAGGAAUUAUUUUAUUAUUUUUAUACAAUCCUCUUUUUUCUUCUUCUUCAUUCGAAUCAGGAAAUACGAUUUCAAUAAUUUUAUUCGUAACAGAAUAGGGUGUCUGAUAUGUACAAUAUUUAUAAAGUUUCUAAACACUAACAGACAGUACAUGUACACGUGAUACCAAUAAAGAAGACAAUAACGUUAAGAAUAAAA